CAGGCUUUGGGCUCUUUCUAUUUGAAUCAUAAGUGUGGCUACACCCUAGUCAUUGCCCAUUUAGACUCUCUGUCAGACUAGGGAGAAGCUCAAGCAUGGAGCUCUGCUAUAAAGCCAGGAGCCUGAAGAUAGUGGGAAAUGUUUCUCUAGAUGUACUUUUGUACUCACUGAACACUGAGCAGUCCAGCCUGGGGAUUACUGACAACUACAACUUGAAGGGACUGGACCCUCCACCUUGAGACACUAUGGCCCUGACACCAGACUUGAACAAACAAACAAAACUGAAAGAGGUAGCAGGGAUCCCCUUGCAGGCUGCAACUGUAGACAACUGGAGGCAGAUUCAGACCUUCAAGGCCAAUCCAGAUGACUUCCUCAUUUGUACUUACCCUAAAUCAGGAACAACAUGGAUUCAAGAAAUUGUGGACAUGAUUGAGCAGAAUGGGGAUGUGGAGAAGUGCCAGCGAGCCAUCAUUCAACACCGACAUCCUUUUAUUGAGUGGGCACGGCCACCCCAGCCAUCAGGUGUGGAUAAAGCCAAUGAGAUGCCAGCUCCAAGAAUACUAAGGACCCAUCUUCCCACUCAGCUGCUGCCACCAUCUUUCUGGACAAAUGACUGUAAGUUCCUUUACGUGGCUCGAAACGCAAAAGACUGCAUGGUUUCCUAUUACUACUUCUAUAGGAUGAGCCAGGUGCUCCCUGAUCCGGGCACCUGGGACGAGUAUUUCGAAACCUUCAUCAAUGGAAAAGUAAGUUGGGGAUCCUGGUUCGACCAUGUGAAAGGAUGGUGGGAAAUACAAGACAGACACCAGAUUCUCUUCCUUUUCUAUGAAGAUUUGAAGAGGAACCCAAGGCAUGAAAUCCAGAAGGUGAUGCAGUUCAUGGGAAAGAACUUGGAUGAAGCAGUGCUGGAUAAAAUUGUCCAGGAGACAUCAUUUGAGAAAAUGAAAGAGAAUCCUAUGACAAAUCGUUCUACAGUCCCCAAGUCUAUCCUGGACCAGUCCAUUUCUCCUUUCAUGAGAAAAGUUUCAGAUAUCAGCAUUCCUAAACUGAGAACAGCAGGAGCAGCUUGUGGUGAGAUCAGGGAUCCAGGAAACAUAACACGAGCUAGAAUGCCAAUUGUUUCUAUUACUCAAAUCUACACUUUCUCCUGAAAUGCUAUGUGACGACUACUUGGCUCCAGCACGGUGUUACUGCCAGAAAGAGCCAUUAGACGGUGUGGUGAAAGGCAGUAAGCGGAAGGUAGGUGACUGGAGCAUCGGGAAGGGAAUGCGGACUCAGCCCUUGCUUUUCCUUUUCUUUGUUUCACUGUAGCUCUGUGGGCAGCUUUGCUCUGCCAUUUACGCCCAUCAUGAUAUUUUGUUCAUCUGACAAUGGAAUGUAAAUUCUAAAACCAAGAGCCAAAAUAAACCUUUUGUCUUUAUAAGGUGAUCAUCCCAAAUACUUGUUAUGGUGAAAGAAAGCUGGCUAACACAUUCACAGUAAGGCGGUCAUAAAAUACUCUUCCCUGAAAAACAUCCUUAAUUUUGUUGAACUUAUAAACAAUUGUUUAUUUACUGCUGAGAUUUAAGUAUAGGUGCAUAAGUAAUUGGCACCAUAUAUAUAUAUACACCAUAUAUAUAAAAAAGAUUUUAUAUUCUAAUUGGAUUUUAAAUUUUUAUUAUUUGCUUGUAAGUUUUCUUCACAUCUGUAGUGUAGUUUUCUUCACAUUUUCUAGGUAGACUGUCUACUCUUAUAAUUCUAAACCAAACAUAAGUCUUUACGCCAGCUUUCUUUCAAGGUUAAGUUCAUAACAGCUCAGAGCCAGUCUUGAUUACUUAAUGAGUUACCUGUGUCUCCAACCCUGUACUGGUUAGCAUGAGAUUCAGGAGUAAACUGAGGAAGCUUGGUGUAUUAAGUUUGAAGUCACCCCAUACAGACUACCACUCACACACGAUAUUGGCAAGAGUGUUUUAUUUCACAAAAACCUGCAUGCAGGGGUCAAAACAUUUCACAAAAUGGUGACACUAGACAAAGGCACACAGUUCUUUUUUAUAGGAAACUAGGGGAAUUCUAGCAAGGGUUAGAUAAUCUAAAACCUCAUUGGUGGGUGCUGGGGAAGUUACAAGGGUUGAUUCCUAAUUGGCUAGGAGUUCAGCGGGCUGCAUUCCUGUGCCAAGAAUGUUUAACUACAGGAUGAAAUAAGGCUGCCCAGCACAGAUGCCCCAUUCUGAGAUAAAAUAUUUUUCCAUUUUUGUGGUUAUUUCCAGGCUGUUACUUGGGUAGGGGAUUUUAUGGUCUUGUUCUGGAAAUUGGUGACAUAUGGACUAGUUCCUAGGACUAAUGACUUUUCUUUUAAAGUCAGGCCUGGUCUUAAAAUGGAGAUAAAAUGGAGUUUAUGCCAUCCUCUCAAGCCUCUUCAGUUCUGGUUUUAUACUACUGAGGAUUUUUCUAUGUAUUAAGUAUUUAAAAUAGCAGUACUUGAAAGAGAUACAUUAUAAAGCAUACUAUGUUAAUUUAGUAAGUAAAAUAUUGUAUUCAUAGCAUACAUAUUGGUAAUUUUUAAUUAUUAAUUUUGGAGCUAAUGAUUAACCAAGUAAAUGACACAUUAUAUCAUAGGUAUUAUUGAGUAAUUGUUAGAAUUAUAUUUUUAUAGACAAUUUUAGUUUUAUUAGAAUUGACUCAUGAUUAUUUCACUGCCAUGUCUCAUAGACCCAUGAUUAUUUCCUGGCAUGUCUCUAUACACAAAAUUCUAUAAAAGAAAGUUUUACAUUCUCUAUUUCUUGGCUAUCCAUUGUUUACUUAUUUUUAUUUAUGAUAAAUACUGAAAAUGUUUGAAUGUAGGAAAAAUUUGGAAAACCCUGUUGUUAAGGUCAAAGUCUGAGAUUACUGGGAAGCUGUGAGCUAGGUGCAAAAUGGUGGACUCCCUUUGUCUGCAAAUCUUCCUCUUCUCUCUCUGAGGGAAUCUUGGACCCCACACCCUCUACCUGAAGAACAUCAUGUAGCCCCUGUAGAAAUUACAGGUCCAACAGCCUUUCUCCUUCAGCAAGCACCUGGGAUUCCUGGAAUGCCUUCUGUGCUAAUGAGGUAUCUCAAUAUGUUAGCUCUUCACCUAAGGACCUUCUCCCACCCUGGAUAGUCCUACCCCCUCCACAAUGUUCUAUAUAGCCCUACUUUACCCCAAAUGAAAUUGAUCUCCCUGUCUGCAGUUGAUCCCAGAGUGUUGUCUUUUUUUUUUUUUUUUUUUUAACCUCCAAACUCCCUGUCCAUUGUCCCUGUCUCUCAUGGACUAAUACUGGCUGACAAUCCCUGGUGGCAGGGAGGGUCACAGGAAAAUUGGAUAUGAAACAUGAUUCAGUAAGGGGAAAGUAUGAGCCAAUUAAUAAACUUGAGGUUUGCUUGUGACUGACAAUAUGGUCAAUUUUGGAGAAAGUUUCGUCUCGUGCUCAGAAAAAAAGUAUAUUCUUUUGUGUUUGGAGGAAAAGUUCUGUAGACAUCCACUAAGUCCAUUUGAUUCAUGAUCUCUGAUAGUCGCAUUAUUUUUCUAUUUAGCUUCUGUCUUGAUGAUCUGUACAUUGGUGAGAAUAGGUUGGUGAAGUCUCCCACUAUUAAUGUGUUGGGAUUGAUUUAAGCUUUAAUAAUGCUUCUUUUCUGAAUGCAGGUGCCUUUGUUUAUGGGACAUAGAUGUUCAGAAUUGUGAUGUCCUCUUGGAACUGUUUUAUUUAUUUCCUUCACCUGUUUGAUUGUGGUUUCCUGUCUAUCCUUGUUUGGUUGGAUUUUUCCUUUGAUGAGAAUGAAGUGUCCUUUCUCAUCUUUUUGAUUAAUUAAGACUGAAAGUCUAUUUUAUUAGAUAUUAAGAUUGUUACUCCAGCUUGAUUUUUGGGUCUGUUUGCUUGGAAAACCUUUUUCCAGCCCUAUUACUCUGAGGUAGUGUUUAUCUUUGUUGGUGAGAUAUGUUUCGUAAAUGCCGCAGAAUGUUGGGAUCCUGUUCCCACAACCAUUCUGUUAGUCUGUGUCUUUUUAUUAAAGAGUUGAGUACACUGAUGUUAAUAGAUACUAGUGACUAAUUAUUGUUAGUUCCUUUUAUUGUGGAGUUGGUGGUAAUAAUGUGCUUGUGUGCCUGAUGUUUUUCGUUUGUUUUGGUUUUGAGUUUUUGUUUGUUUGUUUUUGGCUUUACUGUUGUGAAUUUAUCUAUAUCCUGUGUUUUCUUGGUUGUAGUUGACCUUGUUAGGUUGAAGUUUUCUUUCUAGUAUAUUCUGUAGGGUUGGUUUGGUACAUAGAUAUUGUUUAAAUUUAGUUUUGUCACGGAAUGUUUUCUCCAUCUAUGGUGAUUCAAAAUUUUAUUGGGUAUAGUAGUCUGGGUUGGCAUCUAUGCUCUCUUAUUGUCUGCAUGACAUCUGUCCAGGCCCUCUGGCUUUCAUAGUCUCUGCUGAGAACUCAGGUGUGAUUCUGAUAGGUCUGCCUUUAUAUGUGACUUGGAGCUUUUAAUAAUGUUUUCUUUGUUCUGUAGAUUUAAUGUUUGAUUAUUAUGUGAUGUAAGGCUUUUCUUUUCUGGUCUAGUCUAUUUGGUGUUCUGUAGGCCUCUUGUAUGUUUAAGAGCAUCUAUUUCUUUAUAUUGGGCAAAUUUUCUUCUGUGAUUUUCUCGAAAAUGUUUUCUGGACCUUGGAUCCUGGAAUCUUCUUUUUCAUCUAUUCCUAUUGUUCUUAGGUUUCAUCUUUUCAUGCUGCCUUUGUUUUCUUGGUUGUUGUAUGUCAGGAAUUUUUCUGUGUUAAUGUUUUCUUUGAGAGAUGUACCAAUUUCUCCAAUUGUAUCUUUAACACCUGAGAUUCUUUCCUCUUUCCCUUGUAUUUUGUUGGUGAUGCUCAUGUCUGUGGUUCCUGAUCUCUUCUCUAAGUUUUCCAUCUCCAGGAUAUUCUCAGUUUGUGUUUUCUUUAUUGAUUCUAAAUCUGUUUUUAGGUCUUGAACUGUUUUAUUUAUUUCCUUCACCUGUUUGAUUGUGGUUUCCUGUCUAUCCUUGCUUGGUUGUAUUUUCCUGUAUUUCUUUGAGAGAUUUGUUUGUUUCCUUUUUAUAUGCCUCUAAUAGCUGCAUGCGCAGAGAUUUAAGGUCAUUUUCCUGUGUUUCAGCUGCAUUAGAAUUUCCUUUGUUUUGGGAGGUUUCUGGUGAAGUCAUAAUGUCUUAGAUUUUGUUGAUUGUGUUCUUAUGCUGGCCUUUAGCAAUCUGGUUGUCCAUAGCCUUGGCUGUUUGUUUCUUGAACCUGCAUGGAAGAUUAGAUGUACCUGUCUCUGAAGUCUGGAAUAGUCUUCAGGAUGAAAAGAGAAGUCCAGGGGAACAUGAAUGGAUGCUGGCAUUACAGAUGUUACCACACUGGUGUGGGUGUUUCACAACUCAGAAGAAAGGUGCCUUGAAGGGAAGAGUACAGGUGCAGGCUCCUUGAAUGGUAUGGGUAUGGGCUAGGGGAGCCAUCUCAGGUAGUAGCUGAGGGGGCACAGACGCUCUAGGUGGAAGCUUUGGGGUGUGAGGUAAGGGUCAUCCACCACCUCUGGUGCCUCAAAAGGCAGCUGAGCUAUGGCUUACAAGUAUACCAGAUACUGUGUCUGGGCUCCACCAUCUUGGAUCCAAGAUUCUGUAUGAUAUUGUCCAUGUGGUCUCCACAGAGGGGCCAGUAGAAUGGGGGUUUGGAGGCUGAGAUGCUGUUCCAGGAAUCCAGCCCUCAGGGAAGCAUGAAGGAUCCACUGUCUGGCUUCUGGAGCAGAGGGUCCUUGUACCUGAGGGCCUGCAGAAUAUGCAGAAAGGGCAGGGGGCUCACAGUUCAUGACUCCUGGACACAGGAGACAGUCAUUGGGGUGGGGGGCUGAAUCUAAUUGCCCACAACUCCACUGAUGUCCCCUCCAGUCCAAGAAGCACUAAAGUCUGUGUUAUGGAUCCAACUACCUAUUUAGCCUAUUUACUCACCAGUUUUGCAGUCUCUGAUCUUCUGCCCCUCAGAUAUAGUACACACUGGUCACUGAUAUCUUGGAACCCACCUGUUGAAAUUUUAUAUGUUGUUAACAUAUUAUUUUCCGUUGUUCUCCCUGUUUUUACCAUUUUGAAUUUUUCAUUUUCACUUUAGCACAGCUUGGAAAAGGUCAAGAGAGACCAAAUGGUUUCCCAUCUAAGUACUACCCAGCCCUGACUCUGCUUAACUUCAGAGAGCAGAUGAGGUUGGGCCCAUUCAGGGUGGUAUGGCCUUAGAGAGAGUGGCCAUCUCUAAGACACCACAAGAGCCUACUGAGCUCUCCGGCCAUGGAGCCCAAAUGAGCUCAGGCCACCCCCAGAGCAGGGAUCAAGCUCUCCCAGGCAUGCCAGCCUGCAGGCCUGCUAGAACUUCCUUAGCUUUCCUCUGCCAGGCCUGGAGAAGGGGUCCAGUGCUAUCAGUGGCCAGCUUUCCCCCACCCCUACUGGCCCUUAUCUCCUGUUCAUCAUCUGCACUGCCACUCACCAGGCCCCACACAACCCCUGACCGGUUCCUGUAGCAGGUUUGCUGGGUCGCUGACCUGCUCCUUUUCCCUGGGCCUUGGGUCCAUUGUGAAUGUGCCUCUGGCUCCCCAAGGGGAAAAUCCAGUGUUGUUGACUUGUACUCCUCAGGGUGGUUCAGGACACGGGCUGACUUUGGACCUCGUUUCUGAUUUGCCCCACAUGGGGCCAGGGGCCAGGUAGGCACUGCCUUUGGGCUGGCUAGAGCCCUCAUCUAACCUACAGGCAUGUCUCUCUCUGGUGGAGAAGUCAUUGGGGUCGCAGUGGGGAGAGAAAGGGCUCAGAGAGAUGGGUCCCAGACCCUGCUUCGCCUAUGCUUUGGUGAUGUUCCUUCAGGGACGGCCACCACUGGCUUUCAGGGGAGCGAGACCCAGGCAAGGCAGCCAGCUUGCUUGGCUCAUCCUCCCAGACAGGGUAGAUACUGUCCUUCCCGUGCUCUCCCUGUACCUUGCCAGAACAGGUGCUCAGGUGGUUUUCCUCACCCUUGGGGCAUUGACUCCAUCUCAUCCUCCUUUUCCUCCUCCUCCAGCGAGUACAUCUCUGUGCUCUAGGAGAUUCCAGGAGCACUACAAGACCUAAUGCCCGAGUACAGUGGGAGAGAAAGUGAGUUGGUGGGUGGCCAGGACAGACUUGUAAUGCCAGCAGCUUCUCCAACUCCCAGUUCUGUCCCCACACCCAGUCCAACCCAUAUAUGCAAUGGUGCCAUCCAUUCCUCCACUUCAAAUGUGGAUUCCCUGGAUCCCUGAAACCGCUCUGGAGGGAGAAACAGAAGAUGGCCAAUGUGGAAGAUGUUGUCAGGGCUGACAGAUCCCACAGAACUUGGUGACCUAGCUUUUGGACAGUUGGGUCAGUAACCAGAACUAUCUUGGGUUAUCCUUAGUUCUACCCAACAACCCAACCACCACCUUCUAUCCCUAAACAGCAGCUAUCCACUCCUUUCCAUCACACAUCUUGGUCAGACUGUGACAAACACACACACACAGAGAAGCACAUUGAAUGUUCCCACACCCACAGCCACACCACAACAAACCCACCCACCCCAUUCCCACACAUACAGGGAAUGUUCCCUGGCCCAUACCCAUCCACACCCCUUCAACAAACAAACACACACAACACAACACAACACAACACAACAGAGGCAGGCCCACAUGUACACACAUUCAUGCCCACUAUACUAUAGGCUCUUAGAGGCAGGUGAGAGAACUGGGUUCAUCAUACGCUGCUCCUACAGGAUGGGGUAGGAGGGUCCACCAGCCUGCCUGGGGAAUUUGAGUGCCAGGUGUGGAGGUGUCCCAGGAUCUGGACUUCCAGGACAGCCUCAAAUCAAGACAGCUUCAUUCUGGUGUUUCCUGCCUGAGGGCUGUGACUCAGGGUCAAUUUCCAACCAUGUUGGAAGAGGACCUUUAUUUUUGUGGGCUGCUUGGGUGAAGGACCUGGUCUGGCUCUGCCUUGGGUCGCUGGCUGGUUCCAAAAGCAAUAGAGGGGAGGCAGUAAACCUCCAUCACCCAGCAUUAGCUUUAGCCAUCAGAAGCUAUGUGGUGCACUCAGGGUGGUACAACCUUCCAAGUGCUCUCCUGCAGCCAGACAGCCCCAACAGCCUGCUUCACUAGCCUGCCACCUAGUCCAGCUGAGCCCAGCACACUGACCUACCCCCUUCCUCUAGGGCACCUCUGAAGUCCCACCCAGGCUGGUGCUUUCUCAGAAAAUUGAAAAUAGUUUUACCUCAAGAUCCAGCUAUCCAACUCCUGGGCAUAUACACAAAAGAUGUGCCACCAUACACCAAGGACAUUUGCUCAACUAUGAUCAUAGCAGCUUUAUUCAUAAUAGCCAGAAACUGGAAAUAGCCCAGAUGUCCCUCAACUGAAAAAUGGUUGAAAAAACGUGGUACAUUUACACAAUGAAAUACCACUUAGCUGUUAAAAAAUUUGCAGGGAAAUGGAUAGAACUAGAAAAUACUCUCCUGAGUAAGGUAACCCAGACUGAGGAAGACACACAUACUAUGUCCUCACUUAUAAGUGGAUAUUAACCAUAUAGUACAGGAUAUCCAUAGCACAAUCCACAGACCCAAAGACAAUGAGUACCAAAAAGGGUCCAGAGGAAGAAUCUUGAAUCCCACUCAAAAUGAGAAAUAAAAUCGAUAUCAGAAGUAGUGAAAAGAGGGAACUGGCUGGGAGUGUAGGAAGGAAAACAUAUGUGGGUAUGUCAUGUGGGAAAGCAGAGGUGGGAGGUGGUAGAGCUGGCAUAGAUGUGAUGGAAUCUCUGGGACAAGCUGGAGACCUGGAACAGGAGAGGUUCUGGCAGGAAAUGGGGUGACUUUAGCUGAGAAUCCUAGCAGCAGGGAAUAUGGAGACUGAAGUAGUCACCCCUAUAACCAGGGAGGACUUCCAGUGGAGGGAGGGGAACAGCAACCCACCCACCAAACUUUUCAACAAAAAUUUACACUGCCUACAAGAUGGGCAGGGAUCGAUAUACAGCAGUUUGAGAAAAUGGCCAAGCAAUGACUGGCCCAAUGCAAGACCCACCCCAUCAAAGAGAGCCAACCCCUGUCACUAUUAAUGAUACUCUGAUAUGCUUGCAGACAUGAGCCGAGAUAACUGUCCUCUGAGAGACUCUACCCAGCUGCUGAAAAAAACAGAUGCUGAGACCCACAGUCAAACAUCAGAUGGAGAUCUGGAAAUCUUAUGGGAGAGCUGAGAGAAGGAUAGACCUUACUGAACUCCACAAGAAUGUCAACACAGACAACUAAACUAAAUCAGUGGGGACUCACAUAGACUGAACCUCCAACUUAAGUGCAUGCAUGGAUUGGACCUAGGCCCCCUACAUUUGUAUAGGUGAUGGAGAGCUCCAACCUUCCAUGGGUCCCUUAGCAACUGGAGUGUGUGUUGUCACUGACAUGAAUGCAGUUGCCUGCUUUUAGAUCACUUUUCCCUAGCUGGGCACCCUUGUCUGGCCUCAGUGGAAGAGUACGGGAUUAGUCCUGAUGUGACAUGAAGUAGCUGGGCAGAUUGACAUAGGGUGUGGGGGCUACCUUCUCUGAGAAGAAGGAAAAGGAAAAGAAGAAAUCAGAGAGUGGGACUGAGAGGAGAGGAGAGGAGGAAGGGGACUGGGAUUGGUAUGUAAACUGAGUAAAUAAAUAGAAGAGAAAAAAGUAAACACUUGCAGGGAGAGAAUGAUCAACCAACCGUCAGAAAGAAAGAUACAUUCUGAGUGUGGAGCUGCCUGCAAACUGUAACAGAGUGUUAGAGUUGCAGUGCUCACAAAGUUUCACUCAUGGAGGGGUGGGUUUUCUAGUGUUUCCACUGUUGAUUUAUCCUUGGUUUUUGUAACUCCUCUUCCAUGAUCUCUGGAAAGUGAAGUAAAGACAGUGGUCAUCCAAAUUAAACAUGGGUAUAUUCAACCUA